ACAGGUCUAUUGUAGCUCGUUAGAAAUCAACCUCGUCUUGAUGCAGAAGGCUAGUUUCAGCUUGCAAACAACUUGUCAGCACUGCUGUCAUCCACGACAGCUAACGGUAACGUCAGCUAUGUAGAACGUUAGCUUGUAACGCGGGCUAACAGGUUUAUAGCCGUAAUGCGAAGCUUUUAAACAGGAAAGUAAAUUGACAACAGUUGUUAUCAUAGUAUAGUCUGCUUGCGGCUGCCACACGAGCAUAUAUGACCAAGUUCCAGGAAACCAACUAACCGCAGCAAGUAAAGCGUCUUUUAGGAUUUCUCCCUGAUUAGGAAGGGCACCAUGUGGAAGUCACAUGAACGAGAAGGAUGAGGCAGCCUGAGGAGAGAGCCCACUGUCAGUCAUAGGGAGGGGGUUCGCUGCUUGUAAAGGCCCUGCACGAGCAGCACCCUGUGUCCCCCAUCUCCUGAACAUAUGCAAUGAACACCACUACUGAGCCCCCUGCCACCAUAGAUGGGGAUGUGGCGGUCGGCUAUGUGUUGGUGCCAUUUUUCCUCAUCACUAUUAUUGGAAUAGCUGCAGCUGUGGUCAUGUACAUUCGUAAAAAAAGGAGAAUUGACAGACUUCGUCAUCAGCUGUUACCAGUAUACACAUAUGAUCCAUCAGAGGAACUUAAUGAAGCCGAGCAAGAAAUGCUGUGGAGAGAGGAGGAUACAAGGAUUGUACAAGGUUGGGCCAAAAGUUAUCAACAGCGACGCCCUCUUCUGACCAAAGACGUCAAUGCAUGAUGGUAGAAGACCAUGGCAGAGUGGAGAAAACGUUCAGCCACAGAUAUGAGUCAUUCUUCCAAGUCAUGCACAAGAUUUUCUUUGUUUUGAUUUUUUGUUGCCACCAUUUGAAUGUACAGACAGAGUGACAAUGCCAAUCCUGUGUGCCUAACAGAUGCAUUACCAGACAUUUAUUUAUUUGAAAUUAUUUAUUCAAACCUUUUCUUACUGUGGUAUUCAGCGACAUGACUCAAAGUUUCGAAAGGUGGAAUCUCACCAAAGAUAAAGGUUCCUGUAGGCUCAUGCUGUUGUUUACAUUCAUGGUGUUGUUGUGGGCGACAUGCGGCGGGCGCUAAUGUUCCUGUGGGUUACACAAGACGUUGCACGGACCGACGGGGGUUUGUGAUCAUGGGUUGCUGUGUUGUUUGCAGUGCAUUAAGAACAAUUAUGGCUUCUUUGACGAAGUGCUUUUAGUUUUCAAGAGUCUCAUUUGUUGACGUAAAAGACUAGCAUGACUUCAAAAAUUCAGUUUUAAACUCAAGUUUCAUAUUGAUAAAGAUAAGAUUUAAGAUAUUUAAAUGUUCAGAUUAGGUUGUGAUUUUAUUUCAGUUUCAUUUUGAGUCAAAAGGUUGAAUAGACACUUUUUGGUUUGAAUUGCCUCUCAGAAUUUACCAAGCUGCCCCACGAUCCAGAUCUUUUAGUGGUUUUGCCAAAUCCUAUGACGCUUAUCAAUGGCAUGCAAAGCCAGAUAUGGAAGUAAAUAACACCGACCUCCUCAUCCACAAAAUGAGCUAUGACUAGUGCCCUAAAUAUGUCCUGUCUACAACGCAUGGCACCAGCACAAAUGUACCUCCAGCUGAAGAUGAAUGCCAUAGGUAUGACUGUAUCAAGCACUCAGGAAACCUUGCUCUUUUUCUUGAUGAAUUGUAAAUCUUCCUGAAUUUUAUUAGGAAUGUAAACUAAAAACAGCAUUGUUUAAACUGUUCUUGAAGGGGAACAUUUAUAGGUUGUGAAUAUAAAAUGUCUUGUACAGAUAAUAUCUGGAUUUGAUGUCAGGUAUGACAUUAAGGUGUUUCAGAAUGACUUAAUAGUUUCAACAUGUAAACAUCUUUACCCCAGAACAUUUUCCUUUGUGCUCCCCACUCAUCUUUAAAUCUCACUGGUCAUUGUAUAUGCAUUCUAUUAAGACUUUGUACAUUUAUUUUAAAUUAUGACAUCUCUAUUUCAUUGGUUUGUCACAAAGUCAAAUAACUACUGAUGUGAAUGAACUUGGCAGCACUGUUAUAAAGUGAAACCUUCAGACUGUUGUACCAGUUUGUUGCUUUAGGAGGUAAUUGAGCCUGUUGAUUUAAACAUAAUAAAGUAAUAUAACUUUGUCUUUGUGCUCAUUGUCAUCUGCAGCUUAACUAGCUGAGAAGUCAAUACAGCGUAGAGGAAAUUACACUGCACACCUGCAUGUAAAGUGUUUGGGUAGAAAAAUACAUUAAAAAAUGACAAA